AUGACCGCGGUUGGACAGGGAUGCCUACAGCACCCAUGGCAGGUCAUGCAUGAGAAAGCAUGGAACCACAUCAAGGAGUACAUGGAGAACAACCUCCACACCUUCACCGGCCGGUCCUUGGAAGCAGAAUCCACAAUCCUGCCUUCUAUCACCACAUGGGUGCAUGAUGCACUCAAUGCAAUUCCUGAAGUUCGCAGUGCGAGUGACCACUGUCUUGUGGUAUGGCUCAACUUGCCCACCUCCGGAGUCACUCCGGCUGCCAAAAUGGACUUCUUUUUGACAGCCGUGUCGAACAUCUUGGCAUCACACAAACGCAAUUCCAUCGCGAUUGUUGUCCACGGCAACCGUGCUUCUGACACUGGCAGUUCAAAGAUCGAAAAGACCGAGAAGGACGAGGAUGACACCACAGCGAAGAAGGAAGAACCGGACGAUGAGGAGGGUGGCGACAACCAGACCGAUGGUGACUCGGAGGAGGCUGAUCCAGAGAACCCUGAGGAAGCCGACAUCAGGGAUGUGCGGCAUAAGCUUGAGAAAGCUCUUGCUGCAAAAGACCGGAAUCUGUGCGUCAAGAACGUGACCUGGGUAUUUGACCAGGCUUCGGUCUAUGGCAAGCGGGACGCUUGCGUUGCUGGACUGGCAGUGGUGCACCGCGACAAGCUGAACAUGUUCAGGGGGACAUCUGGGUGGAAACACGGUCUCAUCCGUGAUGUCGCCAUGUUGCCACGCUCGCAGAUGUACAAGCCGGAGGCCACUACAUCGACACCACACUUGGGCAGGGCUUUCACAGAUGCCCAAGAACUGAGACAGGUCGCUGGCGGAACAGACUUUGUCAAGAAGACCCUUGGGACCUUUUUGCCAGACUCGGUUAGCACAACCUUGGUCAUCGACCUGCACUGUUACGACUGCUGGCCAGCACUUGCAGCGUUGGAGGAGUGUGCUGCAGGUCGCCGAUUGCUUUGUGGCAGUGUGGUUCUUGACAAGCAGCCUGACACGAUGGUUCAGCGGAUCGCGAACAAGGUCUAUGAGAGUUGCAGGGCGGAGCAAUUGAAGAUUGUGGGCUUCCCUUCUUUUGCACCUCUCAUCCAGGCAAUCCAGCAAGUGAAGCCGGAUGAUCAGGAAAAGAAGUACGAGGACUCUCCUAGUGAUCCAAUCGAUCACACUGAUCGAGCCGAUGAAAUUGAUGGCACGAAGCCAGAGCAGGAGAAUCAACUUGAGACAAAGCCGCCCCUCUUCCGGAGUUUGGCCAGUGAGAACUUGGAUGGGCUCCUGGAAGAGGCUGAGGAGACUCCCUUGGAGGAGUCGGCCCAUCAUGAUGAAGCUGGUGAUGGAACUGGGCAUGAGGAUCUGGAGGACGCCGCAAACGCCCGUGGCGGUGUGGACCCGGAUCUCUUCGAGGAGGGCGUCAUUGAGGUGGGGCCCGCCACACGGCGCUUCCAUGAAGACGUGCUCGAGGUCACGUCCACGGAGUCCCCUGAGUCGGACGUGUUUCAACGGCCUUCCGCGGAGGCCAGGGUGGACGCGUGGAGAGCCAUGAGUGAGAGCAUGGAUGAGCGUGAGCAUGCGAUGCGUUUGACUCGGCUUCGGCGCUCCGCGGAGGAGUUCUUUGACAUCGAAGACUUCCAGGCCGAGACGGAAGACGACGCAGUAUACCACGGGUGCCUGAAGCCAUGGACGAGGAUUGACACGCGACAGUCGCGCGUGAUGCAGCAUGGUGAUAUCGGAGCGGGGGCCGCGGAAGGGCCCCCCACUUCCUGCUCCACCGUCGCCAUGGGCAGCCGUCGGCCGACCUUGGUCCAGAGCCCCUCCGACCUGGACGCCGAGGAACCCAGCGGUGGCGAGGGCGGCGAGAGUGGCGAGAAGGAUUCCAGGAAGUCAACCAACCCGAGGAAGCACGUCACCAUCAGCGAUGAACAGUCGACCCUGACAUAUGACCCGGAGAAGCCGUCUACCCAGUCUCCACCGAGACCCGUGGUGACGUACCAGCCCUCGAGACGCUCCGAGGUUUGGGACAACCGACACCCAGCCGGGGCCGCCAGCGCUUCCCCGACGCGGCGGCGAGCGUUCCGCGCGGUUGUUUGGGGUGGGGAACGAGAAGAGAAGAUGAUGGUUGCUUUUAGCAAAAAGAUCGAUAUCCUGAACAUGAAGUUACAGGAGACUGGACUGGGUGACCUUUGUGAGGAUAUGGACUGGAGUGAAGAGAUCGCGACCACCGCGCCCGGCGUGUCCACGCAUGGAGCGGAGCGUGGACUGGUGAAGACGGGCGACCAGCGUGACUUGGAGCGCGACUGGGAGCGCUUUCUCGGGCCGGUGGAGGAGGAGACCGAUGUGACCGCUGCACAGAUCGUUGCAGAUGCUCAGAUCAUUUUGAAUCGAAUCAAGGCCUAUGUGGAAAGAACCGUAUACCGGAUGUCAUGUGCAGUGGAGUUCGCGCGCAGCGCGGCCGCGCGGGCUCCGGCCCGGGCACGACCGCGCGUGGUUCCGGCUCGCCGCGUCCUGUGGACGGCGGUGGAGCGGGGCGUGGAACGUGGUGUGUGGGACGUGGAGACGCUGUGCCUGAAACCGGAGCAGCGGGCCCCGGAGCCCGGCGUGCCCGCCGUCUUGGACGCGGUGGUGGCCGGAGGCCAAAGUACACUCACCGCACCUUUUCUUCCAACUCUCGCUUGGAGCGGAAAGCGCUUGAACGCGGUGCCACGCAAUGGGCAGUUGAUUGCGAGCACCGGCCUUUGCAAAGCCACACCCGGAGUGACCUCCCCAGCGCCCUUGACGGCCAUCAUCCUGCUGUAUGCACUUGGCCCACUCUGCGUGCACCAUGCACAAAAGUCGCUGAAGCUGAGGACCUCGGCUGGCGCCGGAGAUCGCGAUCAAGAGCUCGAUGAGGGAAAAACGGCGAUCGGAGGUGCUAUCUACCGUCCCGGUCGCCGGACGCCCCUGGCCGCCAAAGCUCCGUCCACGUGUGGUCUGGUUUGCUUCGCCACCCACGCAACGCCACGCGGCGUUUCCAACGCGGAAGACGACGGUGCCUGCCACCAACCCCAUGCUUCACUGCAGGACCAGCCCAAGGAUGAAUUCCUGCGAUUAAAGCAGCGAGUCUACGUCCUCUUAGAGGAAGCACGGAAGGACAUCCACGACCGGCAGAAGCUCCUCAACAAGCGCGGCAAUUGCACGGAGACCAUCCAGAAAGGACACUCAGUGCGGCAAGCGUUGGAGGAACUCAGGCGUGCGUUGCCCAAGCUCCAAGCGUUGCACAAGAAGGCUCAGAAUCAGCGCGGUGCCAAAGCGAAGAAGGAGGAGCUUCAAGCGCGGUACCAGGACAUCCGAAUCUUGAAGCGGCAUGUGGAUGAGCUGAAUGAGCUGUUCGUGAGCGGACAAGCUCAGGACAUGGCGCCCAGUGCACAGCUUUUUGGAAAGCAGAACUUGCCCGCUCUUCGCGACUCUGCGCGGGCCAGUGCCGAGGACACCCGUCGAGAUCUCACUGCUCAGGAAGAAGAUGCCUUGGCCGCCAUGAAGCGGCGAGACGAAGACAUCGAGAAGCAGCUCAGUGAGGUGGGCCAGGCUUUGGGUCGCUUGGAUCCCUUGGCACGGCAGAUCGGCCAGACCGCCGAGCGGCACCGGCUCCGGGCCGAGGCACUCUCAGCUGAAGUCGACAAGACGGAAGGUGACAUGCAGACGCUGAAUAAGCGAGUGACGGAUGUGAUGCGCUACGAGAGGAACACCUCGUGCUGUUGCCAAUUGGCCCGGACCCAUGGCCAACGGGAUGGCGGACGCCGAUCGAGGAUCAAGACUGCAGACCAUCGAUUUGGCAGAAGCAAGAUGGCAUUCUACCUCGCAAGCUUAUGCCAUUGCCCUCGCAGCUUAAGAUGA